AUGGCCUCCCCUCUUCCCGCUGGUGCCCGUGCUGGCUGUUCCCAUUCACCAGCCCCACUGGUUCUCUUCCACAGUGUGCUACUCCGGGUUUCCCAAGCCCACGAGUCCCCGCCUCUGCGUGCACUCCCGGUGCGGCAACAACACAUCCCAGCGGAGGGGGAAAGACACUUCAUUGUGAGGACAGCAGGUUCUGUCCCUCAUCUAAGUCACACAAGCACACACCAUUGUUCUUGUUUAAUAAAAAGGUGUUCACUGCCGCAUCCAGACUUUCGGUCAAGGGCACAGUUACAGUUAACAAACGAGAACACAAUAAGCAGUUCGGUGCCGGUUCCAGGUUUGGAGCGGAGGUGUACAAAAUCUGUCAAUGCACUAACACCCAGCGUAUGCGCAGUAACGCCCAAGGGUCACGACCAUAUCCUGCCACUAGAGGGCCCCAUAGCACCGUUAUUGGAGGCCCCGGUGACAAGCAGUGUGUCAGACACUGUCACAUCUCUUUCUAUGAUGAGAGAGAGGUGGGAAGCGAUCACAAGCCCAGCCUGGGUUCUGAGAAUGAUUUCACGGGGUUACAGGCUUCAGUUUGCCGCUGUUCCCCCCCGCUUCUCUGGUACAGUGCAUUCUCAGGUGCGCAGAGAGUCAGCUCGUGUUCUUCAGGAGGAAAUUCACUCGCUGUUGUCAACGAGAGCAAUAUGCAUAGUGCCUCCCGAACAAUGUCAGAGCGGCUUCUACUCCGGGUAUUUUCUGGUCCCCAAACGAGGAGGGACCGGGAUUCGCCCAAUCCUGGAUCUCCGGAUCCUGAACAAAUACCUCAGAACAUACAAGUUCAGGAUGCUCACACACGCAUCCCUGCUGCGUAUGUUGCAUCAGAAUGACUGGUUCACAUCAGUCGAUCUGAAGGACGCAUAUUUCCAUGUCCUGAUUUAUCCUCCGCACAGGAAAUAUCUGAGGUUCGCUUUUCUGGGUGUCUGUUAUGAGUACAGAAUGCUCCCUUUUGGCCUAUCACUGAGCCCGAGAGUGUUUGUACGCUGUACUGAGGCAGCCAUUGCCCCGCUACGACAGCAGAACAUCAUGGUGGCCAUGUAUUGGAACGAUUGGCUCCUCCUGGCACGGUCCAGGGAGGAAGCCAUGGUGCAAACACACACCCUCAUAAAACACCCGGUCAACUUGGGUUUCAUGAUAAACCCAAAAAAGAGUGUUAUCUCCAGUGCAGAAAAUAAUCUUUCUGGGAUUAUCACUAUACUCGGUGUCCUUCACAGCUCGUUUGUCAGCCGCAAGGGUGAUGGUUUCAGAGCCUGCCUCUCACGCUUCACCCUGCACAGUCUGAUCCCUUUCAGAUUAUGCCUCCGACUACUGGGGCAGAUGGCCUCAGCCAUCCUGGUAGUCCAGCUCGGUUGCCUGUACAUGAGGGAUUUCCAACGAUGGGUGUCCUCCCUCAGGCUGGACCCUGUGCGUCAUGGCGCAUGGAGGGUGACGGUCAGCGCGCCAUGUGUAAUGGCGCUGUGCCGCUGGCACCACCCGACUUUCCUGGUGAAAGGGGUGCCCAUGGGCCCCAUUCUGUCCCAGAAAGUGGUCACUACAGACGCAAGCAUGUCCGGCUGGGGCAGUAUAUGCGAGGGUCGAUGUGUGAGGGGCAUCUGGAGCAAAGAUCUCCAGCGCUUUCACAUAAACUAUUUGGAGCUCUUAGUGGUGUUUCUCACACUAAGAACGGACAAUACAACAACGGUGGCAUAUAUCAACCGUCAAAGGGAGUAUGUGCUCACGGCAAUUACACACGCUGGCAAGCAGACUGAUUCUGUGGAGCAGCAAGCGUCUCCUGUCUCUGAGAGCCACCCACGUCCUGGGGGCUCUGAACAAGGGGGCAGACCUGCUGUCCAGGUGUGCGCCGCUCUAUGGGGAAUGGACACUACAUCCAGCCAUCGCAGAGCAGGUGUGGGCCCGCUUCAGCAGAGCCGCGGUGGAUCUGUUUGCAUCGAGAACGCACAGUGUCCGCUGUUUUUCUCAAUACGCGAUCCAGGUGCGCCGCUCGGCAUGGACACACUCGCGCACAUCUGGCCGCUGGUCCUCCUGUACGCUUUUCCCCCGUUGGCUCUGAUACCUCCGACUCUGGACAGAGUCAGAGAGCAUCGCCACACACUAAUUCUGAUCGCUCUGCAUUGGCCGGCCAUGCACUGGCUGGCGGAGCUAUAUCAGCUCCUGUCGGGACAGCCAUGGCAGAUUCCCCUGAGCAGGGAUAUGCUGUCCCAGGCAGGGGGAGUAGUAUUUCACCCACACCCGGAGCGCUUGGCCCUAUGGGCCUGGCUCGUGAGUGGUUUAAUUUAAAUACUACAGGGCUCCCUCAGAGUGUGAUUAACACUAUUCAGAGCGCUAGAGCAUCCUCCACCAGGUCUCUUUAUGACUGUAAGUGGAGGGUGUUUGAGGAGUGGUGUCAGAGGAGAGGGCACAUCUCCUUUCAGUGCACUGUUAGUGUAAUUUUGUCUUUCUUGCAGAGCUUGAUAGACAAACAUAAAGCCUUCUCCACAAUUAAGGUGUACUUGACUGCUAUUGCAGCAUGCCAUGUGGGAUUUGAAGGAAAGACGGCCAGCCAACAUCUUUUGGUCUGCCGUGUUAUGAAAGGGGCGUGCAGGCUGCUUCCUGUUUCCAGGUCGCUGGCCCCCCAUGGGACUUGGCAGUGGUUUUGGAUGGGCUCUCCGGGGCUCCAUUUGAACCACUGGAGGAGGUUAGCUUGAAGAACCUGUCUCUGAAGACAGGGCUGCUGCUGGCGUUGGCCUCUGCCUAGCAUGUGAGUGACAUUCAUGCACUCUCAGUACACUCCUCGUGCACUCAGUUUGCUCCUGGGCAUGCCAGGGUGUCAUUGAAGCCCCACCUUGCUUUUGUGCCCAAGGUGGUUGGCUCAUGCUUUCCCAUUGUUCUUACAGCAUUUUCUCCACCACCAUUUUCUUCUCCUGAAGAACAGCGGUUGCACAUGCUGUGUCCAGUCCGUGCCUUGCGGAUUUAUAUGGACAGGACAAGGGGGUUUCGGAAAAGUGACCAGCUUUGUGUCCUGGGCUAGCCCCUACAGGGGCAGGCCCAUCACAAAGCAGCGGCUCUCCCACUGGAUUGUGGCCUGCGGGCUCAUUCCACACGUGGCCUGGCUGCAUCCUGGGCCCUUUAUAAAGGGUCUCAAUUCAGGAGAUUUGUGCAGCAGCAAGCUGGUCUUCACCUCUUACUUUCGUCCACUUUUAUAAGCUGGACGUCUCUGCUCUGAGCCUGGCUCAUGCAGUACUGAGUACUGGGCCUACAUAGGGCGGAGGGCCGUUCCUUGAGUGCUGGUGGUUGAUUUGAGAUAAGCAUGUCUGGCAAUACGGGAGUUUCCAUAUCCCAUAAUGAGACAUCGAAACGAAUGCUGGGACUGAGAACUAUAGGUUACUUGCGUAACCCCGGUUCUCAGAGUAGCAUGAGUGAGGUGUCUCACCAGACAGCCCUUCUUGAUGUGCGAAGUGAGAAAAGGUGCUUAUUUUGAGUGACGCUGCAUGG